CGAUACCAUACAAAAUCUUCUGAUGUGCCUGUCUUUGUGCUUAUACAUUUGUGGCAAUUUGGUAUUCAAUAUUUAUAUAUCUGAAAUGUAGUUUUACCACAGUAGUUUCUCUCCAAAAUGUGUUUGUUUUUUAUGCUUGAAAUGUAGGGUUUGGAUUUUUGCUCUAUUCUUUAGCUUUAGAUGUUUGGUUGGUAAAAAUUGUGAAAUAAUCCCAAAGUAAUACAGAGAUUUUCUAUAUCAGUCAGAAAUUUCUAUUUGGAGAAAUAAUCCCAAACUUUUGUUCCUUUGAUAGAGAGGUUCAAUAUUGGCUAUAAUGCGAUCUCUCUGGCAUUACCCUUGAAAAUUUUCUAUUACAAAGUAAAGUCAUUUCAUGAAUAAUGUGUUUUCUUGAUUACCUUUUGGUACAACUGUCAGCAAACUAAAGACAAAGAAAUGUUACAAACCUUUUGUUUGUUUCUCAUUGGCUCAUAGCUUGAGGUCUAUGUGUGAUUUUGGUAUCCAAUGUUUUCUUGUUAUAGCUUAAGAGAAUGUUUUCAAACUUUUUUCAACAGAUACAAUCUUAGUAAUCACACUUGAGUAUUUUUCUUAACUGGUUUUGUUUCUUGGCAUCUUCAUUUCAGGGUCUAUAUUUCUCUGAGGAAUUGGAUUCUUAUAGAAGUUAAACCGCAGAGCUUCUUCUAUCCAAUAGUCCUCUGAGAAUCGUCGAUAUAGUUUGCUGAUAUAGUUGUUAUGGACAUGAAAUCUGGUCACUCGUCUCCUGUAAUGACUGAUUCUCCACCAAUAAGCAACUCAAGAUUAACCAUUCGUCAGAAUAGACUUCCUUACUCAUCAGCAGCAGCCACGGCUAUCUCACAGAACAACAAUCUCUUACUAACCGUUCCAAGAAAGAAAACUGGGAUCCUUGAUGAUGUUAAGUCUAAUGGUUGGCUUGAUGCGAUGAAAUCUUCUUCUCCUCCUCCUACAAUACUUAACAAAGAUAACUUAAGCAAUGAUGCUACGGAUAUGACUUAUCGCGAAUGGAUGCAGCUCAAGUAUCCAUCAGCUCUUACCUCUUUUGAGAAAAUCAUGAGUUUUGCAAAAGGCAAAAGAAUAGCAUUGUUUCUUGAUUAUGACGGGACACUUUCGCCUAUUGUUGAGGAACCUGAUUGUGCAUACAUGUCAAGUGCUAUGCGUAGUGCAGUGCAAAAUGUUGCCAAGUAUUUCCCUACCGCGAUCAUUAGUGGAAGAAGCCGGGAUAAGGUGUAUGAGUUUGUUAAUUUGAGUGAACUUUAUUACGCCGGAAGCCAUGGAAUGGACAUCAUGAGUCCCGCAGGAGAAUCUUUAAACCAUGAACAUAGCCGUACUGUAUCAGUUUACGAACAGGGGAAAGAUGUAAAUCUAUUCCAGCCUGCUAGCGAGUUUCUCCCGAUGAUCGAUAAGGUGCUUUGUUCUCUUAUAGAGAGUACAAAAGAUAUCAAAGGGGUAAAAGUAGAAGACAACAAGUUCUGCAUCUCUGUGCAUUACCGCAAUGUAGAAGAAAAGAACUGGACAUUGGUUGCACAGUGUGUAGAUGAUGUCAUCAGAACAUAUCCAAAACUACGGCUAACACAUGGCCGGAAGGUUUUAGAGAUCCGUCCUGUGAUUGACUGGGACAAAGGGAAAGCUGUGACAUUUCUACUUGAAUCACUCGGCCUAAACAACUGUGAGGAUGUUCUUCCAAUCUAUGUUGGGGAUGAUCGAACAGACGAAGAUGCAUUUAAGGUACUACGAGAUGGACCAAACCACGGUUAUGGUAUAUUAGUCUCUGCUGUGCCUAAAGACAGCAAUGCCUUUUACUCGCUUCGUGACCCGUCUGAGGUGAUGGAGUUUCUGAAGUCAUUGGUGACAUGGAAGAGAUCAAUGGGUUAAAGUAGAAGAAGAAGAUGUAGAAGAAAAGUGGUUAACGUUAAUAUAUAUUACAAAUAUGCAAGUUAGAGGUUUAUUGUUACUUUUCGGCUUUAUACAAAAACUACCGUUGAGAUUUAACUUAACGGUAUCGGAGGAGAGAUCACAUGAUGGCUUAAAACAUGCCGGAGAUACUUUUUCCGACCAAUCUCUUUAUCUUCUACAACUGUAAAUUCCUCCAUCUCCGGAUUAAUUCAAGACAUUUUUG